AUGCAUGUAAAAGAGUCAGGGAGGCUUCGACAUGUCGACCACGGGUCCCAUAACUAAUUACUAUGUGGACUCUUUGAUCAACCACGAAAACGAGGAUGUCCUUGCUGCAACUCGCUUCUCCGCGCCCGGUUCGCACCCAGCUGGCCCUCGUCCGACGUCUCUAGUCCCGGAGUGCGCGGACUAUCCUUCCUGCAGCUUCGCACCCAAGCCCGCCGUCUUCUCCACCUCCUGGGCCCCGGUGCACUCCCAGUCAUCGGUGGUUUACCAUCCCUACGGCCACCAGCCGCACCUAGGCACAGACUCGAGGUACGUGCGCUCAUGGCUGGAGCCGAUCUCUGGCGCGGUGCCUUUUCACGGCUACCCGGGGAACAGCAGGCACUACGGGCUGAAGCCGGACGCCUUCCAGGAGCACAGAGCCGGGGAGUGCCUCGGCUCCAGCGCACGGACGUACACGGAUUAUCUGUACUGCUCAUCCACUGACAUGCGAGACAAGACGCAGCAGAACCUCCCCUCUCCCGAGCCGGAGCUUCUUGCUUCAGGGAAACAUAAAGAGGAGAAGCCGGAGCUGGAUCCGAAUAACCCUGUGGCCAAUUGGAUACACGCCCGUUCCACGAGGAAGAAGCGCUGUCCUUACACAAAGUACCAGACUCUGGAACUGGAGAAGGAGUUUUUGUUCAAUAUGUACCUCACAAGAGACCGCAGAUACGAGGUGGCGCGGGUUCUGAAUCUGACCGAGAGGCAGGUCAAAAUCUGGUUUCAGAACCGGCGGAUGAAGAUGAAGAAAAUGAACAAGGAAAAGAACGACAGCAAAGAACAAUAAUGUGGAAACUGCAGUGGAGGAAGAAGAGAAAAACACAUCCAUAAUCACGUUUAUUGUACAUGAACAGCACAGAUGUACCAAAACACACGAUGACCCCCCCUUCCUCCUUCCCGGCCCUUCCUCACCAUAUUCGUCACUUUGUUGGAUUU